AACCCUCUCUCCCACUUACACACUGAAACGCCUCAAGCCAAGAGUUAAGAUUUCAAAAGUAAACUAAAUAUGAGCAGAGCCUGUUCCUGUGAGGUGGCAGCUCACAAUUUUAGUCUUUAUUUCUUAAAACAAUUCUAAGUCCUGCGGCUCAGAGGUUUCCCAGGAGUCUGGAUCUCCUAUUGAAAGAACAGACUGAUACACCCUGGACAAAGUUGGAAGAAGAUGAGUGCAACAAAUUGGGCCAACCUGACCCUUUACCUGGAGGAAUCCCUGACUAGUGCCCUGACUAAUUACCUGGAAAGCUGCAAGCGAAACAUGACAGCAGCAGAGAAUGCUUUGGACAAGACGCUGGCUGAGGAGAAUUUCAGGAACGCCGUCUGGUAUCUGGCAGUGAUGCUCGGCAUGUUUGCUUUCAUUAUUGUUGCCAUGUUAGUGAGCACGGUGAAAUCCAAGAGGAGGGAGCACUCGAAUGACCCCUACCACCAAUACAUCAAAGAGGACUGGACGGCUCACAUACAACAGAAUGAUGUCAUAAGCAACUCGGCAGCUAUAUAAUG